UUAAAGCAAUCUUGGGGCCUUUUUGCAUUUGCUUCAGGUCGGCACGUUUCUGGUGCUGGACUCGUUUUCCUCCAAUCACGUAGGUCGAGGGAUGAGGUCCGACGGAGGAUGUGCUUCCCCCGGAGGCUCUGAGGACUAAGGGAGAGGCAGUGAGGGGGUCCUCCCUGCAGACAUGAGCGGGGUCACCUGCUGCUUGCGCCGCUACCCCCAGCUUCCCGUCUGGGUCGUGGAGGAUCAUCAAGAUGUGGUACCAUUCAUCUAUCGAGCAAUUGGUUCAAAGCAUUUGCCAAUUGAAAAUAUAGCCCUGGUUCACCUGGACUCACACCCAGACCUUCUAAUCCCAAUUGACAUGUUAGCUGAUAGUGUGUUUGAUAAAGAGCUGCUUUUUGGAGACCUGAGCAUUGAGAACUGGAUCAUGCCUGUUGUUUACGCUGGCCACUUCUCUGACGUCUUUUGGCUUCACCCUCUGUGGGCCCAGCAGAUCACCGAUGGGAAACACUGCUUCUUUGUUGGUAGAGAUUCUUCAACUAAAACCAUCAGGGUUACAAGUGCUGAGAGCUACUUUCUGAGUGAUGGAUUGUACGUGUCGGAGAGUUUGCUGGAGAACAGGAAGCAGUUAGGGUUACAGGUCAUCCCGAUAGACCCAGGUGAGCAGAGCAGAGAUGACUGUGAGGAACCAGAGGAAAUUGGAGCAUCUGCCUGCAAAAUACCAAAAAUGGAACAUUUCACCAGUGGAGAAGGUGUUCCCGGGCCUAUGUGUGCCUCGGCCCCCAAAGAGAACAAUCAGCUGUCUGAGGACAGAUCUAAUGGUGACAACAUUUGUCCAGUUUCACACUCCACAGCUGAGAGAGACAUACAGGAGACCAUUCCACCCCACACAGCACCGACAAGCCCUCAGACUGUCCAACAGCCGGAGAAGGAAAUCGUGAAGGAUCUUCUUCAUGUCUUGGACAAAAGAGAUGCUUUCAUCCUGGAUAUUGAUUUGGAUUUCUUUUCAGUUAAAAAUCCAUUUAAAGAAAUGUACACCGAGGAAGAAUAUGAAAUUCUCAAGCAGUUGUAUAGUUUUAACAAACCUGAUCAGGAAGACUCUGAGGAGGCGUUGAUCGAUUGUGUGGAAGCUCGUACAAGACAGCUAGAAGAUAUGGAAGCUGCAUUUGCAGAUCUGUGUGAAGAUGACAGUGAAGAAAGCAUACAAAAAUGGGCAGCAAUACCUGGCCUGGAAAGUCUCACCCAGCUUGUGUGUAGCCUUAAGGAGAGACUGGGAACACCUGACUAUGAAAUGGUUCACCAGGCUGGGCUAACAUGCGACUAUUCCGAACUUCCGCACCACAUCAGCACAGAGGAAGAGAUAGACAGACACAUGUCUGCUGUAAAACGGCUACUUAAAGUUUUACCCAGGCCAACUCUAAUUACCAUUGCAAGGUCCAGUCUAGAUGAUUACUGUCCAUCUGAACAGGUGGACUCUAUCCAGGAGAGGAUGUUAAAGGUGCUACGUUGGUGCUACGGGACAUUAGAUGUCCACUUAGAAUACUGAAUUUGUCAGACUCCCGUCUGAACUGGAGAGGGUGCACAGCCUUUUCUCUCAUUUCCAGAUGAAAGCAUUAAGAUGAGAGCAGCAGGAGGCUAUUCAACCCAUCAGGGCUGCUUCAUCACCAACAACAAUUAGAGACGAUCUUGGGUUUCGA